UCCCCAAUAUAAAUAAAGCCUCCAUUAUCACUUGGAGCCUUCAAAUAAUGCAAAGAGAGUUUUAUUAGCACGCUCUCUCCCUCCCCGCCGCACCCCUCCACCUCCUCCUCCUCCCUCACCAACCCCACUAAAACCAAAACCAAAAAAAAAAAAAAAAAAAAAAAACCAUANCUCUCUCUCUCUCUCUCUCUCUCUCUCUCUUUCUCUCUCUCUUCUCGGGAGGGUUUCUUCGAGGAGCAAUGGACUCGUACACGGUCCACCUCGCCAUGGCGGCGCUCGUGGGCGCCUCCUUCGCCGCCAUCUCCGCCUACUACGUGCACCGCAAAACCCUAUCCCAGCUCCUCGACUUCGCCCGCUCCCUCGAGCGCGAGCGCGCCCGCGACCGCGGCGGCGCCCCCGACGCCGCCGCCGAGUGCGGCGACGAGGCCGACGCCCUCGGCGGCCCGUACAGGCGCGGCGCGGGGAAGCACCACCGCCGGAAGCCGCCCGGGUACUACCGGCGCGGCGGCGGCGGCGGGGGGUCGGUGUCGCUUCCGGAUGUUACGGUGGCGGCGGCGGAAGUGGACGGUGAGGGAGAAGGGGAGGAGGAGGAGGAGCGGCGGCCCGCGAUGAACGGCACGAUGUUGUCGGCGGCAGCGGCGGCGGAGGAUCACCGGAGCUUGCCGAUACCGCCGGGGCUCCCGCGGCUCCACACGGUUCCGGAAGGUGUCAAACAACUUUCGCGCUCAAGUUCAAACAAAAAAAUUGGACGUGUAGCUAGACCAACUUCUCCUAAAUCCCCAGUUCUUAGUGGUAGUGCCUUUGAGAGCAUAGAAGGAUCAGAGGAAGAUGAGAAUGCGCCCAAUGAUUCUAAACUUGACAAUACGUACUUGCAUAUGAAUGGGAAUCUUGAGCCCAAGUGCGUGUCUCAAGAGUUACAUGAGAACAUCAUCGAGGAUGGAAAUUCAAAACCAUUAACUGCAACUAACAUGAUCCGAUCUCAUAGUGUGUCCGGUAAUCUGCAUAAUGUCCAGCCUGAUCCUGUGGCAGCUGAUAUUCUUAGAAAAGGGCCUGAACAAGAAACUUUUACCAAAUUGAGAAUUACACCUGUUGAGACACCAAACGCCGAUGAAGUUGAAGUCUACAAAGUUCUUCAGAAAUGUCUUGAGUUACGAGAAAGCUAUAUCUAUAAAGAAGAAGAUGCUCCAUGGGAGAAGGAAAUCAUAACUGACCCUAGUACUCCAAAACCUAACCCUAACCCAUUUAAUUAUGUUCCUGAGCGUAGAACUGAGCAUAUUUUCGAGAUGGUUGACGGUGUCGUUCAUGUCUAUCCUAAUAAAGAUUCUAGGGAAAGACUUUAUCCUGUUGCUGAUGCGACAACUUUUUUUACUGAUUUGCAUUAUAUACUUCGGGUCAUUGCCGCCGGAAAUAUCAGAACUGUAUGCCAUCAUCGUCUGAAUCUUUUGGAGCAAAAAUUUAAUCUUCACUUGAUGCUCAAUGCGGAUAGGGAGUUCCUUGCACAGAAAACUGCACCACACCGGGAUUUUUAUAAUGUCAGGAAGGUUGAUACUCAUGUUCACCACUCAGCUUGUAUGAACCAGAAACAUCUGCUGAGAUUUAUAAAGUCGAAAUUGAGGAAAGAACCUGAUGAGGUCGUUAUUUUCAGAGAUGGGACCUAUUUGACCCUGAAGGAGGUUUUUGAGAGUCUGGACCUUACUGGGUAUGAUCUUAAUGUCGAUUUGUUAGAUGUACACGCAGAUAAGAGCACUUUUCAUCGUUUUGACAAAUUCAAUUUAAAAUAUAAUCCUUGUGGACAAAGUCGGCUUCGGGAGAUUUUUCUUAAACAAGAUAAUCUCAUCCAAGGUCGCUUUCUUGCUGAGCUGACGAAGCAAGUAUUUUCUGACCUUGCUGCUAGUAAAUACCAGAUGGCUGAAUAUAGGAUUUCGAUUUAUGGGAGGAAGCAAAGUGAGUGGGAUCAACUGGCAAGUUGGAUAGUGAAUAAUGAAUUAUACAGCGAAAAUGUUGUUUGGCUGAUUCAGAUACCAAGGCUAUAUAAUGUAUACAAGGAGAUGGGUAUAGUUACAUCAUUUCAAAACCUCCUUGACAAUAUCUUUCUUCCUCUUUUUGAAGUCACCAUUGACCCAGAUUCACAUCCUCAGCUGCAUCUUUUCUUAAAACAGGUUGUCGGAUUGGAUUUGGUGGAUGAUGAAAGUAAACCAGAAAGACGUCCAACUAAGCAUAUGCCGACGCCAGCCCAAUGGACCAAUGUCUUUAAUCCUGCGUUCUCAUAUUAUGUGUACUACUGUUAUGCCAACCUGUAUACAUUAAACAAACUUCGUGAAUCCAAAGGAAUGACAACUAUCAAAUUCCGUCCACAUGCUGGAGAGGCUGGUGAUAUAGAUCAUCUGGCUGCAACAUUCCUAACUUCUCAUAAUAUUGCACAUGGGGUCAACCUACGAAAGUCCCCUGUCCUUCAAUACUUAUAUUAUCUCGCUCAGAUUGGUUUGGCGAUGUCUCCAUUGAGUAACAACUCAUUAUUUCUUGAUUACCAUCGGAACCCUUUUCAAACAUUUUUCGCGCGCGGCUUAAAUGUUUCUCUCUCAACGGAUGAUCCUCUGCAAAUUCACCUAACAAAAGAGCCUUUGGUGGAAGAAUACAGUAUCGCUGCUUCGCUGUGGAAGCUCAGUUCGUGCGACCUAUGUGAAAUUGCCAGAUAUUCAGUUUAUCAGUCUGGUUUUUCACAUGCUCUUAAGUCACACUGGAUUGGCAGAAACUACUACAAAAGAGGUCCUGACGGGAAUGACAUUCAUAGAACAAAUGUGCCCCACAUCAGGGUUGAAUUCCGUGACAUGAUAUGGAGAGCGGAAAUGCAGUUGGUUUUCUUGGGUAAUGCGAACAUACCUGAAUUCAUCGAUAACUGAUGUGUCAGUACUGUACAAGUUUCAUACUAAUGGUAUUGGCUUAGUAUUCUGAAAAUUAAUUAAGAUACAGUCAGAAAAUCAUGCAGUGAUUUGCAAUGCGAGUCUUCGUAGCAGGGUCGGGUUGGAUGCUUUGACGCAUAAGCCUCUAAUAAGCCGUUAAAUCUUAUCAUGAUCUGUUUGAAGCAGAGACAGUUGGAUGCAAGGUGUAAAGUGGAAAGCACUGCCCUACCCAAAUCUCGGAGUAGGAACAUCCAAAAGGGCAUUCAAAUUCAUAAAUUUCAUAAAGCAUGCAGGUGGCUGCAUAGUUUUUAAUGAAGCUAAGUGUAUCAAAAGGAGCAUAGAGAAAGAGAAUAAGUUAUCGUUUUAGAUCGACGCGGAAAUUACUAUAAUUUUAUCUACAUCUGUGUGGGAUAAUUACCCCAUCUGCGAUACUCACGUUAAAACAUGUAUAGAUUUUCUCUACCUGGUACAGCUUGUGUAAUAUAUCAAGCUAAAAUUUUGUGCUAGAUCUUCCUCAAUAGAUGGCGAGCAUUGGAUUGUCGGAAUGUAAUGCUUUAAUUUUCACCUUCUCAUUUUCAUUUGGUGGUA